AUCGAAGACAACCUCAUCGCUAACCGCCCUCCACCUCGUCUCUACCCAUCUCAAGUCUCCGUUCCGAGAAGCGAAUCCACACAGUCAGCAUGUACCAGCUAUCAGAAGAAUCAAAAGAGCGCAUCGCCCGCAUCAUCGAUGUCUCCCGCGUCGCCAUUCACUACGGCUACCUUCCUCUAAUUCUCUACCUUGGUUACUCCCAAAGCCAACCUAAGCCGUCGCUCAUCCGACUCUUCUCUCCACUCGCGUAAACAUGACGAAGACUUUUACCGGAUGCUUUGACGAAUGACUACACUUCAUUGUACAAUACUACAGGGAUCAGGCGUAUGGGUUCACUGGUUGAGAAUGGUUGGAACGGACGGCACUACGGCCUCUGAACAUCCUGCCGGGCUUUGGCAUACUUCUCCACACCACAGAUCGGUAGUCGGCAGGCGAGAACCCUCCACGGAGUGGGAUCUGUAUCAUGUACAACAGACAUCUUAAGACAGAUAAAUAGUACCCUGCAGCACGAAUGCGGUAUGGUGUCUCUCCACGAUCAUGCAGGCCGCAUUCUGCACCAUACAUAAAUGCCUUGCAUGAGCG